AUGUAUGCAGAUAUGAGAUCUGAGUUGCUACACUUUGCGGAGAAUACAUCAAUUAAAGGUAUUCCUAGGUUAAUGAAAACCAAAAACCCAUUUCUGAAAGUGGCUUGGUGUGCCUUCGUCCUAUUCAGUUUCAUGAUUUUGUUGUACUUGCUGAUCUUGAACAUCAGAAAGUACGGUAGAAACGCUAUUGCUACUGAGAACCCUAUUGCUACUAAUUGGUUAGCCCAAAAUAUAUUAUUUUUCUCAUGUUUUUUUUUUUUUUUAGAAAAAUUAGUCGCUGGCAGUACAACAUUUCCAGAUAUAACGGUCUGCAAUCUCGACCCAUUCUCAGUAGGCUACCCAAAAGUGCUACCGAUCGAGAAUUAUUUUGAAUUUUUGAAAAAAAAUAAAAUUAAAAUAAAAGAAUGUUUAAUGAAGAAACCGAACGACCAGUAUUUGAACUUCGACUGCCCAGAUUUUAUCCUCAGCUGCCACGUCUACUUCAACAACUGGUUCGAAAAUAAGGUGAAAUGUCCGAAAUCUUUUAGGAAACGUUGGAAUAAAAAUUAUUACACCUGCCACACGCUGCAGACGAACAAACUCAAAUCAGAAAAUAACGAUAAAUCCAUCAAAGGAUUGAAACUUCUGCUGAACGUUGGCCCAGUCAACUUGAUGCAAAUUCCUUACAGAUAUUCCUUCAUUCGUUCCCAAGAGAGGGGGGUACAGUUCAUUGAUCUGCUCAUCUAUAACAAAAUUACUUUCCUAACAUCUGUUAGGUUUGGAUGCAAUGACGAGACGAUCACGAGAUUCUUCCCAAACGAAAUUUACACUCGUGAAACGUGCAUCGAAUUUUGUAGGCAGGAUAUAAUUUACAAGGAGACAGGCUGCGUAUCUCACUAUCUAGAUGUUCCUCUGAAGUAUCUUGAUACGGCAGACGUUUGUGAAAAUUUUUCUCUCUAUUCAACCGAGAGUAAAAAAUUUCAGUUAAACUCUCCGAUACUAAAUUAUUCAGUGCUAGAUAAGUCUUACGAUUCUUUAAAGUACGUUGAAUAUAAUUGCAACCCCAGCUGUCCACACAGAUGUCACGAGAGCAUUUAUCAAAAAUACUCCUACCUCAACCAAAGUUUUUUAGAUGACUUGAAGUACAACAAUACAACCACUUCGUCGGUACUAGCCCAAAUCCAGGAGUCAUUCUUGAUGAUCAAGUUUAUCAUUAAAGAGGAAGUCCCAUUUUUUGACGUGGAGGAGGCGGCAUACACCUGGGAUACCAUGGUUGGAGUCAUUGAGGGUAUGUUCUCUUUCUGGCUAGGGGUAUCCGUGGCUACGGCCAUCGAGUUGCUGGAGUUGGGGUACAGGUUGAUGAAAAGUUUUUAUAGAAACUGUGUCGCUAGGAGGAAGGUUGCGUUUGAAAGUUUUGAAAGAGCGGGAGAUGCCGUCAAGAGCGUGGAAGACGGCACUGCUGCGAAUGACUAG